UGUUUCAGAUACUCAGCAGGCAAAACCUUACACAAGAAUUCGAACCCCAGCGGAUCCGACGACCGGCAAUUGACGAGGAUAGAAGGUUAUGGAGAAUAAUGAUUGUACAGGGUUAAGCAGCGAGUCAUUAAGUGGUGAUGAAGUGGAUUUGCAAGGUAAGGAUCUUUUUCAUUCACUUGUUUGUCAAUCACAUAUUAAUGAAUGUUCUUUGAAAUCUCAUGAUCCAGAUAAAGAUAAAGAGAUAACUGAAGAUUUAAAACUUGGAGCAGAGUUCAGUUCUCAUGAGAGUGCAUACAUAGCUUAUGUCAAGUAUGGUGGAACACAUGGUUUCAAUGUGAGGAAGCAACAUAGAAAGACAAAUAAGGUGGGUUUUGUAACAAGGGUAACUUACUGUUGUUCAAAAGAAGGUCAUCGAAGAAAUGAUAAACGGCGUGAAAGUCCAUCUUAUUCUUUACCAAUUUCAAGGGUUGGUUGUGAAGCGCAUAUGAUUUGCCAACUUCAGAAAAACGGGAAAUUUAAGAUUGUGUCGUUUAAUGCAAGUCAUAAUCAUGAUUUGAUUAAAGCACCCAUGAAACAUCUGCUAAGGGUUAAUCGUUGUAUAUCUAGAGCUCAAAAGGCAUAUGUUGUUGGUGCAGACAAGUCAAGAAAACCAAUCAAAGAAACUGUGGAAUUAAUGAGUAGAGAAGUUGGGGGGCAAGAGAAUCUUGGUUUUGUUGAUAAGAAUUAUCGAAAUUACCUACGUACAAAGCGAAAGAUAAAAAUGGAAAAGGGAGAUGCUGGGGCCAUACUGCAAUACUUUCAACGUAUGCAUGAAGAUGAUUCAUCUUAUUUCUAUUCAAUGCAGCUUGAUGAGGAUGAUAUGAUCACAAAUAUAUUUUGGGCAGAUGCACGAUCAGUUCGUGAUUAUGAUGUCUUCGGGGAUGUUAUUUGUUUUGACACGACUUAUCAGAUAAAUGAGUAUGGUAGACCAUUUGCACAAUUUGUUGGGGUUAAUCAUCAUAAACAAAUUAUAGUUUUUGCUGCAGCUUUACUAUAUGAUGAUACGAUAGACUCUUUUAAGUGGUUGUUUGAGACUUUUCUUGCAGUGAUGUCUAUGAAGCAACCAAAGACCAUACUGACAGACCAAUCUGCUGCAAUGGCUGAAGCAAUAUUAGAAGUUUUUCCUGAAGCUCACCAUCGGCUAUGUGCUUGGCAUAUUUACCAGAUUGCUGCUAAGAAUCUAAGCCACGUGUUUCAUGGAUCAAAGCAAUUUGCUUGUGAUCUUAGCAAGUGUGUAUAUGAAUAUGAGGACGAGGAUGAUUGGCUAUUUGCAUGGAAUGAUAUGCUUGAAAAGUAUGACCUGAAGGAGAAUAAGUGGUUGAAAGAAUUAUUCGAAGUGAGGGAUAAGUGGGCAUUGGUGUAUAAACGACACACUUUCACUGCAGACUUGAUGACUACACAACACAAUGAAUGUAUGACCACUGUGUUGAGAAGAUACUUGAUGCCAAGUCAUAAUCUUUUGAGUUUCUUUGAACACUAUGAGAAAGUUAUGGCAGAUCGACGAUAUAAGGAAUUACAAGCUGAUUUCAAGAUGAUGCAAACUAUACCUUUGUUAUCAACUAAUGUGGAGAUGUUGCGACAUGCAGUGGAGGUUUAUACCCCUGAAGUUUUUAGACUUUUUGAAAAAGAGUACAUGGGUAUUCUUGAUUGUAGUGUCUAUAAAGUUGGUAAGUCUGGGAUGACAUGUGAGUACAGAGUAUCUUAUAGUGGUAAAUCUCAAGAGUGUUUGGUUAAAUAUGAUGGUUCAACACAAGCAGUUACUUGUAGUUGCAUGAAGUUCACUUUUGUUGGGAUUUUAUGUUCUCAUGCAUUGAAAGUGCUAGAUAAGAAGAAUGUGAAAAGGAUCCCACCUGAUUACAUAUUACAGCGAUGGGCGAGAGAUGCAAAGGUUAGGAGCAUCACUAAUUAUGAGGGAAUCACUAACAACAAUCCUAAGGAUUCUAUUGGGAAGCGUUAUAGCCAUUUGUACCGUAAUUUUCGCGAGAUAGCAUCCUUUGCAGCAGAAGAUGAGAAGUUAACUGCAUAUGCACAUGACUGUUCGAUUCAAUUGCUUAGAAGUUUGGAGGAAAUGAAGAAAAAUCUUUGCCUAGAUAACAUAUGUGUUGAUAAAAACUCAGAAGGCGAAGCUUUACUGGGAGAAAGUGGUGGAAUUGAGCAGGUGAAAAUGAUAAAGCAUACCCAUUGUGAAAUAACAAAAGAAUGUGGAGGUAAAAGAAAAUAUACAAGCAGAUGCCAAUGUAGUAAAUUGACAGACUCACUGGAAACACAGAAGCAUAUACCACGAACCAAAGACAGACAAGCAGCAACUAGAAAAUGGCUGCCAAUGCAGGGUACCAUGCCUUUCACUAAACAGCUUCAGGGAUCCUAUAUUGAUAAUGGAACCCAAGCGUCAUAUCCCAGUAAAAGUUUUGGUGCAACUACAACUUUCAAAGAUAACACGACUUUCAUUCAACUGCAUCAGGAAGCUUCGAUGCAUGGUAAUCAGGUUUCACAAAGUAAUGGAAGCAAAGAGUUAGGAAAUUGAGCACAUAAAGAAUGUGAAUAUUUGAUGGUUUUCAUGGCUUUGGUGGAUAAUGUACAUCUUGGCUUAUGAACUACGUUUUUGUGGAUAAUGCUAAGAGUAACAUGUAGUUUUUAGAGAUUUUGUGCAGCAUACAUAGAAACUUGGAGAAGUAGAAGUUGCCUAUGUUUUUGAGUUGUGAAACAAAUUAGGUUGUGCUGGGGGCAUAUGAG